CAAUCUUGUAUCAGCUCCACAUUCUUCCUAUUAUAAUGCUUUUUAGUUGAUUUGCGGCUCAGGAAGAAAUAAGGACAACAAUCCUGUUACUUGCCAUUACAGGAUUCUUUAAAUAUGAAAUAUUUAAAUUGUGAAGUAAUAAAUAGUAACAAUCCACACAUAAAAUAACAAUUACAGCUAUAUACAUACAACAAUAACAACAACAAUAACAACAAAAACAACAAAGAGGAUCAGUGAAGAAAUGCAUCACAUCAUCUACCCAUACAGUUCAGAAUGCAUCCAUCAGAACUUAUUAGGCAUAUAUCAAGAUGAACUUCUUUCAUAGUUUCAUACACCUGCCUCUUUCAAUUUUGUUGAAUUACAUGUGAAUGAUCUGGUUUAGGCAUCGCUGUCGAAGAUUAUCUCAUAACUAUUAAAAGUAGUUAUACAAGGUUGAGAUACAAGUUCCCUUUAUAUGUCUGGCUGUAUGGGAAAAAAUCAGUUCCUAUGAAGAAGGAGAAAGCGAAAAUCUCUCAAAUCAUCUUUCCCUUUGAAAUACUUGCUAGCAUGGCUGCAACCUAGCAACUGGAAAAUUGAAAAAAGCCCUUCUAAGACUCCAGCAUUUAGCUGAACUUGGAGAAGUGGGAGAAGAUUAAAAAAAUAAAAUUAAAAAUCAGUAAGAAAGGCAUAGAGAUGACAGAUUCCAGCAUUCCUCUUGAUCCUCUCAACACAGGGCAGCUACUGCUACUAAAGGCUUUGCAAAGCCUCAUCGAAAAAUUUUAGGCAUGUGCCUGCAUGCCCAGGAGACAGUUCUGUUGGGUUAGUCCAUAAGAAGCUUGUCUAGACAAUUCCAGGAAGACCUUAAAGUGGCCUCACUGAGACUUCAAGUGGCUGCAGUUGUUUUUCAUCUAGGACAAAUGGAUCAUGUUUUGCCUGAGUGAGAAUGAUCUUCUCCGGACUGUUAAGAUGCACACAAAAAGCAGAGUUGCAGCAGAGAAGGAAAGACAUGGGAGAACUAAAACGGACAAAAGUAUCUUGGAAUGCGAGACAACAUUACUUAAAAACAAGAGCCCUUUUCUCCCCACACUCCUCCCCCAACAUUUUUAUAGUAAUUUCAUUCUUGCCAAUGCUCAAGUGGCUAAAGGAUUUCCCAUAGUUUAUUGUUCCGAUGGCUUCUGUGAGCUUUCUGGAUUUGCACGAACUGAAGUCAUGCAGAAGAGCUGCAGCUGUAAAUUUUUAUAUGGUGCUGAAACAAAUGAGCAAAUGAUUCUCCAAAUUGAAAAGUCAUUGGAAGAAAAAAUAGAAUUCAAAGGAGAGAUCAUGUUUUAUAAAAAGAACAGGUCUUCAUUUUGGUGCCUAUUGGAUGUUGUCCCAAUUAAGAAUGAGAAAGGUGAUGUUGUUCUGUUUCUAUCUUCUUUCAAAGACAUAACAGAUACAAAAAUAAAGAUUUCUCUGGAAGAGAAAAAAGAUGAAAAAUUCAAAGGACGAGGAAGAGCAGGAUCACAUUUUGAUUCAGCCCGCAGACGGAGUAGAGCUGUCCUUUAUCACAUCUCCGGACACCUACAAAGAAGAGAAAAGAACAAAUUAAAAAUUAAUAAUAAUGUUUUUGUAGAUAAACCAGCAUUUCCAGAAUAUAAAGUUUCAGAUGCAAAAAAGUCCAAAUUCAUACUUUUGCAUUUUAGUACUUUUAAAGCUGGCUGGGACUGGCUUAUAUUACUAGCAACGUUUUAUGUUGCUGUAACUGUACCUUACAAUGUUUGUUUUAUUGGCAAUGAUGAUCUAUCUACAACUCGAAGCACAACAGUCAGUGACAUUGCAGUGGAGAUACUAUUUAUCAUAGAUAUAAUUUUAAAUUUCCGAACUACAUAUGUCAGCAAGUCUGGCCAAGUAAUAUUUGAAGCAAGAUCUAUUUGUAUCCACUAUGUGACUACCUGGUUUAUCAUUGAUUUAAUAGCUGCACUUCCUUUUGAUCUUCUUUAUGCUUUUAAUGUCAAUGUGGUAUCGAUUGUUCACCUUCUCAAGACUGUACGCUUACUGCGCCUUUUACGUCUACUUCAGAAAUUGGAUCGCUAUUCCCAGCACAGUACAAUUGUUCUGACAUUGCUGAUGUCUAUGUUUGCAUUGCUGGCUCAUUGGAUGGCUUGUAUUUGGUAUGUCAUUGGAAAGAAGGAAAUGGAAAAAAAACCACUGACAUGGGACAUAGGUUGGCUUCAUGAACUAGGAAAACGUUUGGAAUCUCCAUAUUUUGGCAAUAACACAUCAGGAGGCCCAUCACUCAGAAGUGCCUAUAUUGCUGCCUUGUAUUUUACACUUAGCAGCCUCACUAGUGUUGGAUUUGGCAAUGUUUCAGCCAAUACAGAUGCUGAAAAGAUUUUUUCCAUUUGCACGAUGCUGAUUGGGGCUUUAAUGCACGCCUUGGUUUUUGGUAAUGUGACUGCUAUCAUUCAGAGGAUGUACUCCAGGUGGUCCCUUUAUCACACAAGAACUAAGGAUCUCAAAGAUUUUAUAAGGGUCCAUCACCUGCCUCAGCAAUUAAAGCAAAGAAUGCUGGAAUAUUUCCAAACCACUUGGUCUGUCAAUAAUGGAAUAGAUUCCCAUGAGCUUCUUAAGGAUUUUCCAGAUGAGCUGCGCUCAGACAUCACCAUGCAUUUGAACAAGGAGAUUCUGCAACUUUCCCUUUUUGAGUGUGCCAGUCGAGGUUGCCUCAGGUCUUUGUCUUUGCAUAUCAAAACCUCCUUUUGUGCUCCUGGGGAGUACCUCCUCCGCCAGGGAGAUGCCUUGCAAGCUAUCUAUCUUGUGUGCUCAGGUUCCAUGGAAGUUCUAAAAGAUAGCAUGGUGCUGGCAAUUCUAGGUAAAGGAGAUUUAAUUGGAGCGAACCUCUCAAUUAAGGACCAAGUGAUUAAAACAAAUGCUGAUGUGAAAGCUCUAACCUAUUGUGACCUCCAAUGUAUUAUUCUUAAAGGACUUUUUGAAGUGUUAGAUCUUUACCCAGAAUAUGCUCAUAAGUUUGUUGAAGACAUUCAGCACGAUCUCACUUACAAUCUUCGGGAAGGCCAUGAAAGUGAUGUAAUCACCAGAUUAUCAAACAAGUCUUCCAUCUGUCAGUCAGACUCCAAAGGAAAUGGCAGCAUAAAUAAAAGACUUCCAUCCAUUGUGGAGGAUGAGGAAGAAGAGGAAGUCAUGGCAGAAGAGGAGGGAGCAAGUCUUUCCCCAAUUCACACAAGAAGCACAGCCUCUCAGCAAAAGAAAUCGGGAAGCAAUAAAAGCUAUCUGGGGAUAAACUUGAAACAGUUGGCCUCAGGUACUGUUCCCUUCCACUCACCCAUCCGAGUUUGCAGUGCAACCUCAUCUAGAACCAAGCAUGAAACUGAACUCCAUUACUAUUCCAAACGGAAAGAGAAGAAUCUGAAGCUUCAUCUUUCAUCACUAAACAGCAUCAUCCCUCCUGACCUCAGCCCUCGGAUUGUUGAUGGAACAGAGGAUGAUGGCAACAUUGAGGAAAACCAGGCAUUUGAGUUUGGCUCUGAACAAUUGAGGCAAGAAUCCAGAUCAUCUUCUAUCAUCGGGGAGAAUGAAGUUGGUGCUGCUGUGUUAGUUAUCAAAGCAGAAGAAACAAAACAACAGAUCAACAAGCUUAAUAAUGAGGUCACUGCUUUGACCCAAGAGGUUUCUCAGUUAAGGAAAGACAUGAAGAGUGUUACACAUCUCCUGGAAAACCUAUUGGUGGCCCAAAAAGCACCAGAUUUCUGUGCAAUUCAUGGCCCAGCGACAAGUCCCAACAUGGAAAGCUUACAAAAGAGAAUGACAUGGACUACACACCAGCCCUGUAUGCAUAUGCAGGUACCAAAGGUUACUUGCACCAAAGCACAGCUCUGCCAUUCCAACACAAUUGUAGGAAUUUGGAACAUGGACCCAACCUCAGUUAGUAGCAGCCCACAAAGAACUGAAUCCCAUGUUCAAAAUUCUACAGAUAGUGAAUUUUAUUGUACUUCAGGCUUUGAAUAUUCACCUUCCCAUUACCAUGUUAUCCAAAAAGAUAAUUUGCAGUUUGUAGGCUGCACUUCUCCCCAUUCAGACACUACUUUGACUCCUCUCCAGUCUAUUUCAGCAACUCUGUCGUCAUCUAUCUGCUCUUCAUCUGAGACAUCCUUACACCUUGUGUUGCCCAGCAGAUCUGAGGAGGGCAGCUUUAGUCAGGGAGUUAGUUCGUUAAGUCUUGAAAAUCUGCCAGGGUCCUGGGACUUGGAAGGAACAACAGGAACUACACUUGGACAAACUUCAGAAGAUGUUAAGACCAGCACAGAGGACAUUAGAGACAGCAAAGCCAUAAAUGCAUAA